CGCUGCGCUGCCUGGGCCAGCGCCGUUUCCAGUUGAGAGAUGGCGGCCGCCGCAGGUAGAUCGCUCCUGCUACUGCUCUGCUCCCGGGGCGGCGGUGGGGGCGCCGGCGGCUGCGGAGCGCUGACUGCCGGCUGCUUUCCCGGGCUGGGCGUCAGCCGUCACCGGCCGCACCAGCAGCACCGGACGGCACACCAGAGGCCGGCUUCCUGGCAGAGCGUGGGAGCUGCCUAUUGCAGUACAGUUGUGCCCUCUGAUGACGUGACGGUGGUUUACCAAAAUGGGUUACCGGUGAUAUCUGUGAGGCUACCUUCUCGGCGCGAACGCUGCCAGUUCACACUCAAGCCCAUCUCUGACUCCGUCGGGGUGUUUUUACGACAACUGCAAGAAGAGGACCGGGGAAUUGACAGGGUCGCCAUCUACUCGCCAGAUGGCGUUCGGGUUGCUGCCUCCACGGGGAUAGACCUCCUGCUCCUCGAUGACUUUAAGCUGGUCAUUAACGAUGUAACGUACCACGUACGGCCACCAAAGAGAGACCUCCUAAGCCAUGAGAAUGCAGCCACGCUGAACGACGUGAAGACCCUGGUCCAGCAGCUGUACACCACACUGUGCAUCGAGCAGCAUCAGCUCAACAAGGAGCGGGAGCUCGUGGAGAGGUUAGAGGACCUCAAGCAGCAGCUGGCGCCCCUGGAGAAGGUACGAAUUGAAAUUAGCAGGAAAGCGGAGAAGAGGACCACUCUGGUGCUAUGGGGGGGCCUUGCCUACAUGGCCACGCAGUUUGGCAUCUUGGCACGGCUCACCUGGUGGGAGUACUCCUGGGACAUCAUGGAGCCGGUCACCUACUUCAUCACGUACGGGAGCGCCAUGGCCAUGUAUGCGUACUUCGUAAUGACGCGCCAGGAAUAUGUUUAUCCAGAAGCCAGAGACAGACAAUACUUAUUAUUUUUCCAUAAAGGAGCCAAAAAGUCACGUUUCGAUCUAGAGAAAUACAAUCAGCUCAAGGAUGCAAUUGCUCAGGCAGAAAUGGAUCUGAAGAGACUGAGAGAUCCUUUACAAGUGCACCUGCCCCUCCGACAGAUCGGAGAAAAGGACUGACCCGAGAUGAGCGUGGAUCCCGGCAGCAGAGAGCGCGCCUGUUUGUAACUCACGCCUUUUUAAUUAAAGCAUGGCCGGUGGAAGCUGGGGUGUGUGGGGCAGAGGGUUUUUACCUUUAAUUCUAAAAUCAAAACACAAAAAGGAUCUUAGGGGAAAAAGGGAUCUGGAGUGCUGAGGAUCAGGCCUUGUGGAAUCCAAGGGCAAAGGGCUUCGGCAUCUUGUCUUAGGCAUCUCCGUUUCCGGAGGAGAAUGAAGAGUCAGCCGCAGCUGGGAGGACCAUGCUGGGGUGUCCGCUUCUUGCAUCUUUGCAGGGUCUGCAGAACACUAACGCACCAGCACCCCACUCGGCUCUAGAUUUUUUUUGUUGUUGUUGUUUUUGUUUUUAAUUUAAAGUUUCUUAUUUUUGACAUAGGACUAAAUAAGUGUAUAAGAAAAUCAAAUCUUCUGAUUUGUGACUGGCAGAGUCUGGGCCGGGGCAGUUCCCUUCAUUUUGAGCUGGAUCUGGUCUCUGUAGAGUUACCGGACUCCUCUCCACCCCGCACCCCUUUUUUGACCCCCUACCUAUUUACAGAUACUGGUUGGUCACACCGCUUUUACCCACAUAAUCAUUGGAAUUAAUUUAUGAUUGUUUGAUGAUUGACACUUGGGUUAUCUCUUAAUGAGAUCUCAUGUCUAUCUCCCUGGGCUCUGAAUCAGUGUCUAGAAAUCACUGGCAAUACUGCAUGAGGGUUUUGUUGUAUUUCGGUUUUGUUUUUUGGUUUGUUUUUUUACUAAUUAGUCUUGAGAGGAGGAAAAUUGCUUCCUUUAAGUACCGAUCCCAUUGAUAAUCCCCACUUCCUGCACACCACGGAUCAGAAGGCCAGUGCUCAUCCGUGCUUCCAAACGAGGAGGAUGUAAGGUUUACAAAUCGGAUAAAAAUCAGGCGAUGCGGCUGUUUCAGACCAGGAUAGCCUCGGUUAACCUAAGACACACACGUCCUCACCAUCACGUGCCCUGGAAACUCCACCACCCCCGCUGCUGGAAAGCAAGGGCGGAUCUCAAAGGGAGCAGCUAUCUUUUUACCAGGAAUACCUUCCUACAGCUUCCUUUACCCUGUCUUCUCCACCCUGUUUCUUUUGAUCUUAAACCAAGAGACAGGAGAAUUACUCUUACACUCAGAGUGUUUUCUACCAUCUUCCCCCAAGGUACCUGCACUCGAAGCACUCUGCCUAGGGUCCUGUUUUUAACUGUUCUGGGGACAGGAUGGCAAGGCUGGCGGGGCCUUGCCACACAGCCGAUUGGGUGUUUACUUUUGGUUUGUUUCCUUCUCGUGAUUCACCCCUCCUCCUGGGACAAGGGGUUCCCUUUCCCCUCCUCCUUUUGGGAUCAUUGCGUAUGAAAGAAAACCUUUAAGUGACAAACCCAGACUCCAGGUGCCUUGCAGAGGUCGAAGGCCAGCUGACCGGCCGCCGCUUCCGCCACCAGCGGCCGCUGGCCUGCCAGAGUGAGAGGCCGCAUGUCUCGGUCCCCAGCCCGCCUCCUCCUUCCUUCCUGUCCUUCAACCUCUCCCUUGUUUCUUUUCCUUGUGCUGAUUAUUUUUAAGCCAUCUAUCCUGUUUGUGUGCAGGCUUCUUAAGGAGUGGCACAACGUGAUGAGCAAAUCCUCCGGUGGUGUGGGAGGCAGGGGGGGGCAAGCGAGAUGUUGAACACAUGUACAAUCCUGUAUCAUUUAUGAAAUAUGUAUAAAAAGCAAUGUACCUUCUGGAACAAUAAAUACUUAUUCAAUUUUUGAA